AGGGUGGGCUCACGCCGUGAAGGACUGUCGCCAUGACAGAUACCGACUCAUUCAUCCCGGCGCUGUACAAGCCCUCAUCGCUACUCCCGAUUGCUCGGCAUAAGGAGGCUCUCCUCUACACCAUCGAGUCGUCGCCCGUCACAAUUCUGAUCGGGCCAACUGGUAGUGGUAAAACAACGCAACUGCCUCAAUUCCUUGAGCAAGCAGGUUGGUGUAACGAUGGAAAAGUUAUUGCCGUCACGCAGCCUCGACGGGUGGCAGUGACCACUGUGGCCAAACGAGUGGCCGAGGAGAUGAGGUGCCAACUGGGACAAGAAGUGGGCUACUCUAUUCGAUUUGAAGAUGUCACUUCGGCAACUACCAAGAUCAAAUUCGUCACGGACGGGCUCUUACUCCGAGAGGCUCUGGUCGAUCCUCUGCUCAGUCGGUAUAGCGUCAUCAUGGUUGAUGAAGCCCAUGAACGGAGCCUCAGUUCUGAUGUCCUGCUUGGGCUGCUGAAGAAGAUUCGCAAGCGGCGACCGGAACUUCGCAUCAUCGUCAGCUCGGCUACACUUGAUGUCGAAGGCUUCCUCGACUUCUUUGCAGACUCCGAUGCAGAACCCAGCCCGGAUGGCCAUCCAGCCAAGAUCGUGAGCGUGGAAGGUCGCGCGUUCCCCGUCGACAUCCUUUAUCUUUCUGAACCGUGCGAGGACUAUCUUGAGCGAGCUGUCAAGACUGUCUUCGAUAUUCACGCCUCAGAGCCAGAAGGAGACAUCCUGAUCUUCUUGACCGGACGCGAAGAGAUCGAGACGGCGAUGGACAUGAUUGCAGAGCGUCUGCCUUCCCUUCCCAAGGACUCGGACAGACUCCUACCCCUUCCGCUAUAUGCUGGCCUGAGUGUGGAACAGCAAAUGUAUGUCUUCGAGCCGGCUCCGGAUCAAACGAGAAAAGUUAUCUGCGCCACGAACAUUGCAGAAGCCAGUGUGACAAUCGAUGGCAUCGUCUAUGUGAUCGAUUGUGGAUUCGUAAAACUACGGGCAUACAACCCCCAGACAGGAAUCGACUCGCUCAUAACAACGCCUGUCUCCAAAGCCUCUGCGACGCAACGGGCAGGCAGAGCCGGUCGUACAAAGGCAGGCAAAUGUCAUCGUUUGUACCCUGAGACGACAUUCGAGGCACUGCAAGACGUGACUGUCCCAGAGAUCCAACGAUCAAACCUCGCACCCACAAUCUUGCAGCUCAAAGCUCUCGGUGUCGACAAUAUCGCCCGAUUUGCCUUCCUCACUCCUCCGCCUGCAGACCUUGUGGUGCGCGCUCUUGAGCUUCUGUACUCCCUCGGCGCACUGGACGAAUACGCCAAGCUUACGAAGCCACUGGGAGUGCGCAUGGCCGAGCUCGCACUAGAUCCCAUGCUUGCAAAGUGCUUGUUAUCUGCUCCUUCUUUCGGGUGCCUGGACGAGAUGCUUACAAUUGCAGCAAUGACAAGCUUGCAAGGAAGCGUGUGGUUUAGCCACGACGAGAAAAAGAAAGAAGAGAGUGCGAGACGACAGUUUGCUGCCGAGGAAGGCGAUCAACUCACGCUGCUCAACGUAUACCAGGCGUUCACGAUAAAAGGCAAAAAGGAUGCAAAAUGGUGUCAACAGCAUUUUUUGAAUUUCAAAUCUAUGAGCCGUGCUGUAUCCAUCCGCAACCAGCUCUGGCGAUACCUGGAGCGACUAAAUGUCGUCGGCGAUGGAGCUAAACCUGCAAUCACCCAAAACACUCUGCCGAAAGAAGAAUCCAUCCGCCGCUGUUUGACCUCUGGCUAUUUCACGCACGCCGCCAGGAUGAUGCCCGAUGGCACCUUCAAAACAAUCGACGGCGGCAAUGUGCUGCACGCUCACCCUUCCAGUCUGAUGUUCAAUCGCAAGGCGGAUUGGGUCAUCUUCACCGAGAUUGUGGAAACGAAUGACAAAGUCUUUAUCCGCGAUGUGACGAAGAUCGAAAAAGCCUGGCUUCUGGAGUAUGCUCCGGAGUAUUAUCGGGUCAGACAGAGUUGAUGCUUUUCCAUCUUUGCGAGACUAAGCGCUGUGCUGCAGAAUUCGGUGGUUCACUUCGAGAAUGGUUUGUCUGGGCCGAUCCAUUGUGGCUCGCGCUUCUGCGCCCAGCCUUUGAUUGCGAAUACCACGACCUCCCAGCUGAGGAUGACUGCGGAUAGUCCUGCCGUGGCGGUGAAUGCUGUCAUCGCCAUGAUCUUACUCGAGGCUAGGCCUGCAAUCGAGUCACGACCACUCAUCAUAAAAAGAAUCCCGCCGG